GGCUUAGUAUUGUAUCUAUUCAUUUGGGGUCCUUGAUGCAGUGGAGGCCAAACUGGAUGCUGAGAGUGGCUUCUCCCGCUCCCAAGCAGGAGAGGUCGAGGUGACCGUCUUAGACGGGCGGCGAUGUAAACUGUCACUUAGCCACCAGAUGCGCCUACGGGAGGUGAAAGAGCUGAUCAGGCAGCAGCUUCAAGUACCUGCAGGCCAGCAACGCUUACUUUUUCGAGGCCGUGACCUCACUAAGACAGCUGAUGAGCCUGAUCCUCGCUGGGGAAGUCUGGGGGUGCCCUUUGGCGAGGCCUUGCAGCUAGUGAUCGUCAUGUACGAGACAGGCCCUGCAUCUGCGCCGUCCGUAAGGAGCCUCAAAUUUGAUCUUACUUGGACGGCGAUCCCGACGAGACUGAGGAAUGGGAAGGUCACCACGCACCACUUGAACGGGUCCUGCUUGGUUCUGGACCGCAAUGGCCGGCAAGCUGUGGACUUUCAGCAAAGAAGCUAUCCAGGAAUUUUGCAUGGAGGACAUUCCUCAAUUCGAAGUCCAAAGCAAAGCUUGACAGUCGACACUGCAGCACUUCCCCCCGAUGUCCGUUACCUCUUCUUCACGCUAAGCGGCUUCGCGCCGGGAGGGGUGACCUUGGCCGUCUUCCAGGACCCCUCGGUGCACCUGCGUGACGGUGUGACGAAAGCUACGUUGCAAAGCUACACAGCCAGUGGAGGUGGUCGAAAUGAGGAGGCACUGGUUCUGUGCUGUGCAGCAAAAGAUCCAACGGAUGGCCGGUGGACCGUCCAGCGUGUUGGUGCUCCAAGUUCUGGCAACAAGAGCAAUUACGACCCGUUGUACGUGACCGUGAACAGCCUUGUGAGAAACGGGAAAGUGGUCUGAGCGGCCGAAUAAACAUUGGAUUGCAAGUCAGGCUCCUCCUCC